UUCCUUUGCUCCUGGCGAUGCGCUGAGGGGUCGCUCGCACUGGCCUGGCACUGCAUGUCUUGCUGGUGUGCUCAAAUCCAUAACCGCAGGUGAAUGCCCAGGUAACAAACUUCUCCUUCCCAAAAAUCUCGCUGCCGUCUUCCCCAAACGCCUCAAUUUCCAUCAUGGCUCCAGGUGGACUUCAGACUCAUCAUCUCUCCUCAUCUGAGAAAGGGCUUUCCAGCGUUAGCACGUUGAUUAUCGGCUCGAAAUUCUGCAUUCUAAUUGAUCCUCCAUUCCUGGUACCAGAUGCUAAUGCUGUGGUCUCAUGGGUCAAGAAGACGACAUCCCUCCCUUUGAAAGCAGUAUUUGUAACCCAUCACCAUCCGGAUCACUAUUUCUCGGCCAAUCCCGUCCUUGAUGCCUUCCCAGGAUCUCAACUCUUCGCAGCACCGUACGUCUGCGCAGGGAUUGAUAGGGAGUACGAUGAGAAGGUCAAGUACUGGCCAUCUGUAUUUGGCAAGGAGAAUGUGCCGGAGAAGCCGACGAAACCAACACCCUUCGAGCACAGCUUGAUCGUGCUGGAGGGCAAUGAAACUUCACCAGUAAUCUUGCUAGGCCCAUUGCAGGGCGACUCAGUAGAUCAUACCUUAUUUUGGCUGCCCACAGAGCAAACAAUUGUCUGUGGCGACUCUGUCUAUGCGCGGAGUACGCACGCUUGGGUGGAGGAGGUCGAAACUCCGCAGCUGUUGCAUGCUUGGCACCGGACGCUAGAUCUCAUCGAAGCGCUCAAGCCUGUGAAGGUUAUUCCAGGCCACAUCGAGCAGGGCUGGGCUCUGGACGCUAAGGAGGAUCUUGCGUACAUGAGGAAGUACCUCGAUCUCUUUGCGGAGAAGAUUACGAAUGCGAAAAAGAAGCCUACGGUUGACGAGCUGUACAAGACGUUCAAAGAUGCGUUUCCGCAAGCUGACAAGAACCUCGACUUCUUCCUCGGCCAUCUGUCGAAUCAGUUCGGCGAAGGUGGACAAGUAUGGGAGGAGAAUAGACACCACAAUGUCGGUGCUAGGACGAAGGAGCAGUUGGAGGCGUACUAUUUCACCGCGUAACGCAGCGUUGUGCUAACCAUGACGCCCACGUACGUACUUCUCAAUCGAUCAAAUGCUGCCGCAAUAACUCCCCUCCCGGUGGCGCCCCCACGGUCUCCGCAUCAUGAUGCGCAUCCUCCAAUUCGUAGGGAUAUAGCAUUGCGUAGAUACAUUAACAUACAAUGAC